UUAAAGGAAGCGUAGUGUGUUGUUGCAUGUGCGCCACGUAGGCAGAAGCAGCAGCUAGAAAAAGGAGUCCAGAGAAGUUCGGAGAAUUGCGUGUUCAUUGCGUUUUUGUGCGUGAGAGGCGCUUAUAGCCGGGUCAAGAGUCCGAGCUGCGGGUUCCGGACUCAGAUACAGAUUGUGGCUCUGAGGCGCGUGGGAACCAUCAUGGUGAAGAAUGUAAAUAGCGUAAAUAUGGACCCCCAGCCUGGGAGCAGUCUUACUUCGGAACAAGAUGAACCAGCCAACUGCCAGGCUCCAGAGGAAUCUGGUAAGGAUCAUGAUGUGCCUCCCCCUGGUGUGGUGUGGCGUCUGACUGGAGGUCUCUUCAACGUGACGAAGGGUGUGGUCGGUGCGGCCGUGGGUGGAGUAGCCUGGGUGGGCGGGAAGAGCUUGGAGAUCACAAAGUCAGCAGUGACAACAAUGCCUUCAGUGGGGGUGGGGCUGGUGAAGGGUGGAGUGUCUGCCAUGGCUGGUGGGGUCUCCAGCGUGGGCUCCACGGUGGCCAAUAAGGUUCCGUUCACCUCAAAGAGGAAAGACAAGGCUGAGUGAGAAGAAGGAUCAAGAUCUAAUGAUAGAUGGCUGAAUUUGCCGAGUGGCAGAAGGACUGCCCCAUUCAGACACCACAGUGCCUCCUUUACCAUAAAGAACUUCAUGUUUCCUGAGGCUGGUGGUGGAUCUCCUGAUGGACACUUUGACCUGUUUACAGCUGAAGGCUCCCAUCCUCUCUGAUCUACAUGUUUGUUGAACCUUUUGUGUUUUUAUCCAAGUAUUAAUGAACCAGCGUUCCAUCUUUUUGUGGUUAUUCCAAGUCAGCCUUGUGGAACGUGUCUGCAAAUUGACGACAGUGGAACAGCAGGCUGCUUUUACUCAUGCUUCAUUGUGAAACUUGUUUUCUGUCGGUGACGUGUUAAAAAAGCUGUAUCAGAGAAAAAGGGUUUGAUGUUGUUCAGACUAAUCUGGUCCUUUAAUCUGAGCUUUACCGACCUUUAGGGAAAAAAACUUUUUAAUCGUCAGCAUUUCAAUUCAGUGCGAGGAGGAAACUAUACUCGUUUUGGAAAAUAAAUGUGAACGUCGUCUUUAUUUCGUUACAUCAAUAAAGUUAUUUCUACAUUAAAACGUGUGGACUGAAACUUGAA